AUGCGGGUUAAGAAGCUCAUCCUCCGCGUGUUGGAUCCACAGUACCCUCCAGCUGAAGGGGUUGACAAAGUGUGGUAUCCCAACAAUGAUGUGACUCAGAGUGCUAUGUUUACUGAGCUCUUGAUUAAAUUGAAAGACACGUCGGUUGAAGAAGUGGAGUUUUUACCUUACGUUUUCGAUGAGCAUUCACGAUCUUCAUGGAGGAAAUGGUCCGCCAAUGGACGACAAGUUAUGGCUGGUGUCUAUGCUUUUGCCGCAGAGUACAACAAGCAUCUUCCUACUGGGGUUAAGAUCACUGGAGUUACAGUAGACUACGAGGAACUCAAUAGGGAUCCUACUGAGUAUGCUAUGCUCAGCGAUCCCACAGGUGAGCGCUUAUUUAAAGGUGGUCACACUGAUCUUAAAUUUGGAAUCGCUUUAACUCGAGGGAAAACCGAGGAGAUUGUGUCCUUCUCAUGGACCGAUAACUUUUACUUGGAGAUGUACGACUUGGGAUACAACUUCUCCCCCUUCCUCCGAUAUAAAAAUCAACCAGUGCAGUUGAUACAUUUCUUAGCCGAAGAUGUGCUAGGACCUAAUCUCAUUGAGGCCUACAACAAGCAUCAUGACAAGGAACAGUAUUGCCAAUUCUAG